AUGGCCGAGGCGGGGAUCGCGUACGAGGACCUGGGCGAUGUGGCGACGAAUGCGAUGCUGGACCAGCGCAAGUCCGCGCGGCGCGUCGCCGUGCCGACCGACGACCGCGACGUGCGCCUGCGCCUGCGCGAGUACGGCGAGCCGAUGACGCUCUUUGCCGAGCGCGAGCCGGAUCGCCGUGCGCGUCUGCUGCAGGUGAUUAUGGAGAAUGGCGGGCAGCCUGCGAAAGGCGCCAUCGUGGAGGAAAGCGACUCGGACGAGGAGGAAGAGUUUUACACCGAGGGAUCUGCCGAGCUCCUCGACGCGCGCCGCCGCAUCGCCGAGUACUCUCUGUCGCGCGCCAAGGAGAGGGUCGCACGGCAGCGCCAAGAGGCGACCGUGCCGCUUGCCGAUGUCGCGGCCGUGCGCAAGGCGGUGCUCGAGCCGCUGAAGCACUACACGAGCCUCGGCUCGCAGAUCGGCGGCGAGCGCCCGAUUUCUGCGGUGCGCUUCGCGCCAAACGCCCAGCUGCUGGCCACCGGGAGCUGGUCGGGCAAGGCGGCGGUGUGGGACGUGCCGAGCGCGACGCAGCGGCAGCUCUUUGCGGCGCACGAGGACCGCGUAACGGGCCUUGCAUGGCACCCGCAGGCGACGCUGACCCAGUCGGCCUCCGCGGUGAACUUGGCGACGGGCGGCGGCGACAAUGACGUGUGCCUCUGGUCGCUCGAGAGUGCGUCCUUUGACGGGACGUGGCGCCUGUGGGACGUGGAGCGCGGCGCCGAGCUGCUCCUCCAGGAGGGCCACUCGAAAGAGGUGUACGGCAUCGACUUCCAGUGCGACGGCGCGCUCGUCGCUUCCGGCGGCCUAGAUGCGAUCGGGCGCGUGUGGGAUACACGCACGGGGCGUACGGCGAUGGUACUCGAUGGCCAUGCGCGCGAGAUCCUCUCGCUGGCCUUUGCGCCGAACGGCUACCAGGUUGCGACCGCGUCCGGCGACGAUACCGUGCGGAUCUGGGACCUGCGCAAGCUCAGCAGCGUAUAUACCAUCCCUGCGCACCGCUCGUCGGUCGCCGACGUGCGCUUCUACCAGGCGGCAGACGAGGCUCUCCCGGUGCCCCGGCCGUGGGCGGCGAUGGAUGAGGACGCGGAUGUGCGUGCUGCGCCGCCGCCGCCGCGCAUCCCCCGCUCGGGCAUGUACAUGGCGACCGCCGGCUACGACGGCCUGGUCAAGCUGUGGAGCGCCGACGACUGGCAGCUCGUCGCCUCGCUCAGCGGCGAUUCCGGCAAGGUGAUGAGCGUCGACAUCAGCUCCGACGGGCAGUACCUCGCGAGCGGCGAGUGGGCGCGCACUUUUAAACUGUGGGGCCAACUGUAG